UGAGAAAUGAGAGUGAGCUUGAGGGUACGAAAAACAAAGAGACUUCAAGGAUGUGUUUCCAAUGACGUUCCUAAUGGUUUACCACCAAUAAGAGGAAUCGAGCAUCAAAUUGACUUCAUUCCUAGUGCAACAAUUCCAAACCGACCAGCAUAUCGAAGCAAUCCCAAUGAGACGAAAAAACUUCAAAGGCAGAUCAAAGAACUCAUGAAAAAGGGACAUGUGAGAGAAAGCAUGAGUCCAUGUGCAGUUCCAGUGCUACUUGUGCCUAAGAAGGAUGGGACUUGGCGUAUGUGCGUUGAUUGUCGCGCAGUCAACAAGAUCACUGUAAAGUAUCGUCACCCUAUUCCUAGAUUAGAUGACAUGUUAGAUGAUGGGAAUCAAGACGACAGCAUAUCUACUACGUCAUGUGAUCCAUUACACACCCAAGGAGGUCCAGUCACACGAGCUAGAGCUAAGAAGAUGCGUGAAGCUUUAAAUGGCCUUAUUGAGAGAUCUGGGUUGAAAACAACGUACAACAAGCAAAUCGAAGCUUGGAUGAUUAUCAAGGCUUGUAACCCUAAUAGGGAGAAAGCUAUUGAAUCUGAGUUUUUGAGAGACUUUUCUCUUUGGGUGUGGCGUCAAUCAACUUUAUACCUCUGGUUCUUGUUGCGUCAUAGACAUCAGGUCAAGGUCUUUACCUUUGGUUCUUGUUGCAAUAUAAACAACGGGUCAAGGUCCUAUUAUAAACCUGAUUUAGCUUUCCUGGAGUUUAGAAAUCCCUUGUCGUGCUGUGGGUCUCAUUGUUCUCUUUGGGGUUCUCAUCAUGGUAGGAGGAAAACUUUAGAUGAUGGGAAUCAAGACGACAGCAUAUCUACUACGCCAUGUGAUCCAUUACACACCCAAGAGCUUUCCUGGAGUGAUGGGAAUCAAGACGACAGCAUAUCUACCACGUCAUGUGAUCCAUUACACACCCAAGGAGGUCCAGUCACACGAGCUAGAGCUAAGAAGAUGCGUGAAGCUUUAAAUGGCCUUAUUGAGCAGAUCUGGGUUGAAAACAACAUACAACAAGCAAAUCGAAGCUUGGAUGAUUUAUCAAGGCAUGAUAAACAACAUUCAGGUUCAAGAGAAGCUUAAUUGAGGUUAUUUAUGCUAAAUUACACAGUUUGCGUCAAUCUCGCAAUUCUGUCACAAUUUGUAACAAACUGAUAUUUCAUGU